CCUCUUGACAUGCGCAGUGGAGAGGGCCAAGAUGGCGGCUCCCGGCGGCUUCCCGUUCUCCUCAGCGCCGCGGCCGCCUCUCCGCCUCCUCUUCCUCCUGCUCCUCUUCCUCGCGGCGGGGCCCGCGCGGGCGGGAAGGAGCCGAGUGAGGUCGCUGAGCGACGGGUCGUGGCGGGACCUCCUGCAGGGAGAGUGGAUGGUCGAGUUUUAUGCUCCUUGGUGCCCUGCCUGUCAGAACUUACAGCCAGAAUGGGAAAGCUUUGCUGAAUGGGGGGAGGAUCUCGAAAUUAACAUUGCAAAAGUGGAUGUGACAGAGCAGCCAGGACUGAGUGGACGGUUUAUCAUAACAGCACUCCCCACCAUCUACCACUGUAAAGAUGGUGAAUUCAGACGAUACCAAGGUCCACGAACUAAAACGGAUUUCAUCAAUUUCAUCAGCGACCAGGAGUGGAAGUCCACUGAGCCCAUUUCUUCAUGGUUUGGUCCAUCUUCCUUCCUGAUGAGCAGCAUGUCUGCCUUGUUCCAGCUCUCUAUGUGGAUCAGGAACUGCCACAACUAUUUCACAGAAAACCUCGGCAUCCCAGCCUGGGGGUCCUAUGCCAUUUUUGCAUUUGCAACGUUGUUUUCAGGACUCCUCUUGGGGCUUAUAAUGGUAUUUCUGGCAGACUGUAUUUGCCCUUCCAAAAAGCACAGACCGCUGCAGCACCAUGAUCCAAAAAAGCUACCGGAGUCUACUCGGCUCUUACAAAAAGCAGGCGACGAACUGGAGGAAGAUGAUCUUUCCGAUGCCGAGGUGGAGCACAGAGAACCACCGAACGCCCUGAGGCAGCGUGCUGCAAACCCUGUUGCUCGUGCUGGAGCAGAGCAGUCGUAGCUACUAAUUCCAGCUGGCUCCCUUUCUGGACUUCCUGAGUUACUACUUGACACUCAGUGGGGAGGGGGAGGGAGUCCUCCUUUUCCUCUCCUUCAAGAGAACAGACGUGGAACACUUUGAAGUGCGGGCAGGGGGGGGGGCGCAACCACAUUUUGAUUUAGCAAGUCUUUGAUAAAGUUUGAUAUUUGAAGCAAUGGAGGUGGCAGCCUUGGGCAGUGCAGAAGGGCAAGUUACAUAUACGGCUUUCUGUCGGUAUCCACAUGAGUUGUUUCUGAUGGCCAGCCUGCAGUGCUGGAGAAAGUUUCCCUGAGCUGUCCCCGAUGAGGCUUCUCUGUGUACGCAUUCUUUCCUCGUCAUGCUGAGGCAGUCCGGAAAAGGAGUCUUCAGACACACUGUCUGCUUUCCUUUCCCAAUGCUAACAAGAGGGUACUCCUCUCAAAGUAGCUUCGCUCUUCAGAAUGCAAAAAAAGGAAUCUGCAGCUGUGUCUGAAACAGGUCUCUGAAAUAAGCAGGGAGAUUGGAACGAUGUAGCUAAUUUUACAUGCUCAGGAAGGGGCCUGCUCUUUUGGCCUGCAUCUCUUGGCCAGCUGCCCCAGCACCACCACCUAGGGGCGCUUCCAAAGCCAAUUGUCAAUGACCUGGGUGGGGUCUGCUGUCCAACCGGGAAGGAGCCCCAAACUCUCUGGGCACCCCAAAAACAGUCCUUUGUCCCCCAGCCUCCCAGCCUAACGCAACAUUGGUUGUCUUGGCUUGUUAAUUUUGGCCCUCUGCUUGGCUCUGGGUAUUAUUUCUUCCCCCCCCCUCCUGCUUUUAUACCCCAUGAAGGAGUUGGGAGAUGCCGUGUCCCUAACUUUGUUGACUUUGAGGCUAAGGGAUGUGAAUCAUAUGCAAGGGGGAAAGGCAGGUUGUGAAGUCAGCUGUUCGGUCACCUUCUAACUUGUUCUUGCAAACUAAUACUUGGAAGUAGAUUGCAAGAUUAAGGAUAGGGACUCUAGCAGGCUCAGUCCUUGGUUUCUCUGCCCAGGUGCCUUUUUUAUCUCUAUCCUCAACUGAAAGUUUAUUACUCCUCACAGUAUUGUAGAAGAGGCUUUGACUCUUUGAGCAGCUUCCUGUGGCAGACCACAAAGGCCAGUGACACUGUGAAUGCAGUUAGCAUUUCUAUGUCUCUCUCUCUUCCUCUGUGGCCAUUUGCUCUUUUUCUACGGCGCACACUGUUCUUCUCUUGAAGGCUUUCCACCUUGGGGCCAGCAGCUUUCUUUCUGCCCUUUUAAGUACAGCCUGAGUGUAUUUACUUCCUCAUUGUUUCCUCACAGAGCACAGGGCAUUUCAUACUCAAGAUUAGGCCACUUUUAGCCAUCCCAGGCAGUUUUUCCUCAUAGGUGUUUCAUUUUUUUCUAGAUGAAUACAUGAAAGCUCUGUGCUCAGCUCUAGUCGGCUUCUAAAAAAAACUGGGGCCUCUCUCCCAAAUCUUACGGUGCAUGGUGCUUGUAAAGGACCAACGAUGCGUUUGGAAAACUUUGAGACCGGCUUACAGCUGCUCUGUUUAGCCAGGUCCUGCCUGUCUCUGAAAGUGGCUUGUCGUUGCCUCCAACUCCCUUUAGAGCCUUGAACCCAGCACUUGGUCACAGCCUGAUCUAAGGUGGGCUGCAACCUCAGUACCAUUCAAAUAUAUGGCGAAAUGAUUGAGAGCUUGGGUUUCCAAAUGUGUGUUUCGGCUGAAGGUGGUCGGUCCCAGGUCAGCCAAGGCUGGUUCUUUAGAGUAAUGCUGUUUUUAAACUUUUUAAAGCUUUCAGUAAGUUCCACUGCAAAGUGGGCCUUGGACUGCCCCAGUUCCUAGUCUUCUGCCUUGGAUCUCUCACUUCAUGCCGUGUACAAGAAGCCCUCUGCCCCGUUGUUGCUGUUGUUUUCCUUUUGUGUCGUGUUUUCAUGCAUAAAAAAUAUUGCAGGCUUUUUUUUGGGGGGGGGGAGAAAGAUAAGGUUUUUAGAGUCAGUUGCUAGUCAGUAAGCAGCCUUCUUCUCCACUCCUGUAUCCCCUGAGGUAUCCAGCCUUGGCCAACCAGGGGCCUUCCGGGUGUUUUGGACUACAACUCCCAUCAUUCCCCGCCAAUACUGUUUUGAUGGCAGGGGUGAUAGGAGUUGUAGUCCAAAACACUGAGGUGGUCCCCAGGUUGGCCGAGGGGGGGGGCAGAUGGAGGCAUUGUCAGGUGUGUGCUCCUGUGUGCUUCUCCUUUGCCACAGAGGAUGGCUCAGUUGCAUCCCAUAACAUUUCUCUGUUUGACCCACAACUUUUGAAGCAAAGCCCUGGUUGGUGUGGGAGAUUUUUUUUUUAUUAAAAAAUAAAUUUUAAACUCUGUUGGCACAUGGCCCCCGAGAGGGGAAGUGCAAAAAAGGGGGUCAUUCCAUUUGCAGCCUGCUGUUUGCUUGAGGAAGGACAUUCCUGGUUUCUGACUCAAACAGCGCUCCUUGGGUGGGACAGUUGUGCCCGCCUCCUUUCCCCCCCUGGCGCAGUUGUGGCCAAGGCAGCUGACCUGAAUGCAUUCCAGCUCUGCAGAACGAGGGAACAUUUUCUGACGCGACCAGGCAGCACUCCGAAACUAGGUUUAGGUCUGAGUUACUGCAGAAGUGACUUUUGACACGAAAGACUAGUUAAUGGUCCAAGGCGCAGUAACUGAAGCAUGUUUGCUGUUCUCAGUUGUUGAGUGAAUGUUGUCUUUGCAGUUGACUAGAUGCCUCGGUCCUACCUGGGAAAUCAUUUCCAAGUAAUAAAAUUCCAGACAUGUAGGAAA